AUGCCCGGUGCGGAACAGAGAAGUUCAUUCCUUGGGGCUAUCUCGCCAUGGAGCGGUUCCAGAAGCACGACGCCUCAUCCAGAUGGAGAUCAUCUCGAUAGGAAAGAUGGCUUGCGUCGCUCCAAGGGAGAAGACCACACAAUCUCGCAUCGGCAUAGGCUCAGCCUACGGCGUUAUCCCAAAGACUGUCCACCGCUGCGAACAAGGUGGUUCUACGCUGUCGAUACACCCAAAUCGAAACCACAUCUUGGCGAUCAGAUAAAGGACAGCAGCAAGCCCCUCCCUCCCCCGAAGAAGUUCGUGCCAUUCUCGGUCAAGGAUUCACAGGCAAUCGAGGCCGCCUUUCAACGGUUGGCAGAGGAAGAGGAUACUAGCGGUGCGUCCGAGUCCCGUCGUGAACAUCCUCAAGGUCGAGACUCGGUCAAAGUUCCAGUGAACGAAGAUUAUCUUUUCGAUGUGGAUAUUGAGCGCAGGGAGCUCAGCCCUGCAUACUGGCUGGGACCAGUCUAUGAAGUUCGCCGGGGAACGUGGUUCUUUCAAGAUGGCUCUACGCUCAAGCCCUGUGAUGAGAACCUUGCUACGCAACUCGAGGAAGGCUAUCUGAAGAUCAGACCCUGGCAGUUCCAUGAACGACAAAAGCCCAAGUCUCGACCCACGUCUACAAUAAUUGAUGAAUCCGGCAAGGCCCAUAACAAUUCAGAUUCCAUCACCGGCACUCAUCGGCCUGGUGCCGUUGACCCUUCGCGCAAUGUCACGGAAAACACGGCCCGAGAGAGGUCGUUCACAAACUUAAAUGAACCCCAGAAUUAUCGCCUCUUCGGUGCCUAUAUGAAUAGCACGGUUUCGUAUCAGGAUCCAUCUACUGCAUGGCUGAUGUACGAUGAUUUCGUGUCACGUAUGAGCAGCACUGUAUACCAAAGAUUUGGAGGUGUCCCUGGGACCAAAGUUGUCCGCGGAUAUACUGAAUUAAAGAGGCCAAAAGAGACAGCAGACACGAAGGGCAUGGACACUAGGUCUUCGCACCAGAAACCGGGAGAUAGAGCGACGUCUAGAGCUUCUCACAGAGAGCCCUUGGGCCUGUCACCGAACUCUUAUCCUGAACAGCUAGCCGAUAUCGUAGCUCACGGUGAUGAGAUGUCGACCGACGGCACAAUUCAGGGGAGUCACGGUUCGACGCUACAGCGGCAUAUGUCGUCCUUGGCGGGACGCACCGAAGACGAUGCUGAGCUGGAGGAAGAGGCCCGUAAGCGGGAACAACAGGAAAUGGAAGAUUCGAGGGAUGCUGAUGACGAAGAAAGAGAAAGAGAGAUUGACCAUCUAGUACUGGUUACACAUGGGAUCGGUCAGCGAUUAGGACUUCGUCUUGAAAGCAUCAAUUUUGUUCACGAUGUAAAUGUCUUACGAAAGACGAUGAAGAGUGUCUACGGAGCUUCUCCGGACCUGCAGACUCUCAACUCCUCUUUUGCCGAUGGUAAAAGGAACUGCCGAGUACAAGUCCUCCCUGUGUGCUGGCGUCAUCUUUUAGAUUUUCCAAAGCGAGGAUUGAGGGAAAUUCGCAAGGAACUAGAUCUAGCUGACGGGGAUGAGCUUUCUGCUGAGGACGAACAGUACCCGAGCCUUGCCGACAUUACUCUUGAAGGAGUGCCAGCGGUCCGAAAUCUGAUCUCCGAUUUAGCAAUGGAUGUCCUUCUUUACCAGAGUGCGUAUCGUGAGCACAUCGCCACUAUUGUCCAGCAAGAAUGCAAUCGAAUCUACAAGCUCUUCAAGGAACGAAACCCGAAAUUCAAAGGCUCCGUGAGCCUCUGUGGGCAUUCUCUUGGGAGCGCUAUCCUAUUUGAUAUUCUUUGUCAUCAGAGUGAUGAUCCGCCAUCUAAUCAGCAGAGAAGCUCAACGAAUCUACACAGUGGCUUGCCACAGCGGCCCACGGCCUUUCCUCUAGACUUUGAAUGUGAGGAGUUCUUCUGCCUAGGAUCGCCCAUUGCACUCUUUCAGAUGCUCAAAGGGAAGACUAUCGCCGGACGCAAUGCCGAAACUAAUUCCGACAAGAUACCCAUCAGCCUCAGCAGCGAUCGGAAGUCCUUCAAUGUCAGUUCAACUUCUACAGAACGACAUGGAAGCAUUCCUGGGGAUGGCACCCUGAGCAACAUAUUACCCACUGUGUCCUCGCCCAAGUGCGAGCAACUGUAUAACAUUUUUCAUCCUUCAGACCCAGUGAGUUAUCGCCUUGAGCCAUUGAUAUCGCCCGCGAUGGCUGCACUCAAACCACAGCCAUUGCCGUCUGUGAAAAAGAGCAUCUGGAGUGCCUCAGGACAGAGUCUCUCGAAUAUCAGCAGCCGAGUAGGCCAGAGCGUCGGCUCACUCUGGACAAAUUUCACCUCGGGUGUGGCAAGCACUCUCCUCAACCGCAGUUUGGGGUUGAGCGCAGAUGGCACACAUUCACAAUCUGCUCCCAAUUCUGGAGCCGCGCAGUCCCAGCAUCUCCAGCAACACGGUUCAUCAGUUAUUUCACAUGGACAAGCACCAGCAAUGUCAAAUACUCUAGACGGAGAUUUAGGAGAAAGGGGUGCAAAGUUCCAGACUCUCAUUGAACCAGAGUUGGAGACGCUUUAUGAGGGCUUCCGCAAAACGCGGGACAAGAACAAGACCUCCGAUUUCCUCGAAAAUGAAGAGCGUGCAAGGAAAUUGAAGAUAGAGGAGGCCAAAGUCAGGUCAUUGAACUCCAACGGGCGAGUAGACUACAGUGUGCAGGAGUAA